AUGAAACUUGUAACACAUGACGGAAAAUUUCAUUAUGAUGAAGUAUUAGCUUCCUCAAUACUAUUGUUUAUCUAUCCAAAUGCUGAAUUAAUACGAACAAGAGAUCUUGUAGAAAUAUCAAAAGGAGAUAUUGUUUACGAUGUAGGUAGCGAAUUUAAUCCAUCUACUAAAAGAUUUGACCAUCAUCAGCAUAGCUUUAAAGAAACUUAUUCUAACAAAUACAAUUUUAAACUUAGUAGUGCUGGUUUAAUUUAUAAAUAUUUUCAGAAAGAAUUGUUUCAAUAUUUUGAGAUUUAUGAUACACACCCGCUUUAUGAAAGAUUAACUGACAAAGUUUACAAUGAAUUUUUUUUAGGUGCGGAUUGUGUGGAUAAUGGAAUAGAUAUUUGGAAUAUAGUUAAACCAAGGACAAUUUAUGAUGUAGUGAAUGAUCUAAAUGUGGAUAAUGAUUGUUUUUCUGAAGCUCAGACAAAAAAUUUUUACGAGGCUGUCAAAAUUGUCUCAGAUGAUUUUAUACGAUACAUGUAUAAAGUGAAAGAUUAUUGGUUAAAGUACUACAGCGAAUGCGAAGAAAAAAUUAAAAAUUUGUCGGGGCAUAUUUUACAAUCUGAUAAGUAUUAUGAUGUCGAUCUUAUUCUUGAUAUUGAAAAACAAUACAACAAAGACGUCUAUUAUUUAGUGUAUCCGCAAAAUAAUCAGUACAGAAUUCGUGCGAUUAAUGUUGAAUCCAAAACUAUGGCUAGUAAACUGCCUUUAAAAGAGGAAUGGAGAGGAAAAAGAGGCAAAGAGCUUAAUGAUCUUUUUGAAGGAGCAAUUUUUGUUCAUUAUUCUGGAUUUAUUGGAAUACAUAAAACAAAAGAAGGCGCACUUAAAAUGUGUGAAAAUACAAUUAACAGUAAGUAA